AUGGGCUCCCAGGCGCUUCAGAUAUUACGACAGGGCGUGUGGGCCUCACUCACCGGAGGGUGGUAUGUGGACCCGCAUCAGAGCACCUUUUCCAACUGCUUCCAUCUCUACCUGUGGAUAUUUCUGCUGGCCUUCCCCUUUUUGCUUUACAUGGCUUUCCCCGCCAGUUUGGUGAUAGCAGGCUUGUACUCCGCUGCGGUGGCAAUCUUUUUCACCACCAUCAAAGUGGUGAACUACCGACUGCACGCUAUGUUCGACCUCGGGGAGAUUGUCGAGAAGAAGCGGGCUUCGCUCACGGCCGAAGGUCCUAGGACAGAAGAAGGGGAUGAAGGCUCAGGUGGUCAUGACGGGAGUCAACACAGGGAUAUUCAUGCCGGUGUGGAGAUGACCGUGUUUCGGAAGGUCAACUCGACGCCUCCGGUGAGAUGCAGUUCUCAGCACUCCCUGUUUGGACUCAACCAAGUGUCGGAGUUCCUGCCUCAACUCGAGGAUUCAGGGGGAGCAAAGGAUAUCAAGGAGUUAAUGCGAGAACAGGGAAGCAAUAAUGUGAUCGUUACCUCUGCACAUCGCGAAAUGCUGCAGCAGAGUUCUCAGGACACCGUCAGCGCUCCGAGUGUGGUCCAGUCCUGCAUUGCUGUUGCACUGGGAGGUAAUUUCCCAGGUCUCAUGGGACUCCCCGGAGCUCCGUCUGGAUUUGGAGAACCAGGAGAAUAUCUGUCUGUACCCCCUUCGCCCUCCAGUCAAGAAGAUGGGGGCGAGAAAGAGCCAGAAGUACCGCAGAAGAUUCCAGAGGACAAUGCGUUAGCUUAUUCUCCCCUUGGACCGUCUGCUGAGUCUGAGAGUCUUGGAGAUACCCCCCUCAGUCCCCUUAUAAAGAGUAGCUUGAGUGAAGAACUAAGUGAAAAUUUGUUAGGGUUGUGCCUCGACCUAGUGGUGUUUGUUCCUGGGACCGAGUACCCUGGCUGUCGUAGCGGGGUGGCGUUAGCUGCUGGCUCCACAGACAGCUGUUUCAGUGGCGGUGCCGCUGCCACCGAUCGUGAGACACUGAGCACUGUCAGUAGUUACCGCAGUGAAAAGACGGACUCUACUCAACUUGAAAGUCCUUCAUUCAGCCAACCGAAGCUCGCGGAUGGACCGGGAUGUUCUACGGGAGUAACGGCGGGCGACCGAGGCCAUGCAGACACUACGGUCCAGGCAGGACAGGAUGGCAGUGAUACGGAUAAUCUGUCGGACAGUGUGUUGCUGCGUUCCCCUUCCAAAGAUAUCUCCCCUAGUCAGGCUUUGGAUAGGACACUUGUUGAAGGAGAUGAUUUACCAUCUGUUCCGUCGGACAUGAUUGCACAACCCCCUACUUUUCCCAACUCUUCCCCGUCAAGUAGCGGCCAUUCAGACGUUUGCGAUUUAGCCGCCUCGGUCCCCCCCUUACCUCCGCCUCGGCAGGCCGCUUCAGUUCCUUCGAGACUGGCCCUGGGUUCAGUAUGCUCUGAGCCAUCCCUGCCCAUAUCCUCAACCCCAUUCCUGCUGUCUGAUCAAGCCACCCAGCAGGUUGUGCGGCCCAAGGACCUGAAGCUGCUGCGGGCCAGCGGCAAUAGCGUGGGCCACAAGCCGGGCCGGCGGAAAGCUCCUCGAAGGCGAGCCGGGGCCGGGAGUAGUAGUUUUGACUGUGGCUCUUACAGGCGUCACCACAAUCAUAGACAACACAGAGAUUACAUCCCGGUGCGCAACAAGCUCGGGGCCAAGGCCUACAGCGAAAGUCUCUUCGAGGACUCCAGCGACGAGGACGACGGCAGCGACAUGAGCGCCGCUUCCAGUCUAGGUUCUCAGCGCCGCUACAGUUCAGAUGAAGACUCCAGUUCCUCUACCUCCUGCUACUCUCCAGAACUCGCGAACGCCAACGCCGCAUUAAAGCUUCCCCCUGCCGCUCGGCCUCCUACUCCACGUGAAGGGGAAUUAGCAGAAUCCGUCGGCCCCUCGCAUUCCCACGCUGCUCAGCGCUCAUCGAGCACAGCCAGCGCUAAGACUCACGCCAGGGUGCUCAGUAUGGACGGGGCGGGUUCCAGUCACAGCAGCGCGGCCGCUCCGCCUUCUGCUUUGCACACGAUGCCCUCUACUUCCACCCCUGCGCCUCGACCUCUCACCAUUUCCAAGUCGGACUUGGAAGCUCGCACCCUCCAGGUCGAUUGCUUCCCUGUCUCUCACCCUCAUCGGCUUGAUUCUCUCGGAGGUUCUUGGACUGGCAAUCAGAUGGGCUGGCGAGCAGGAGAGUUGACCGAAGAGGGUGCAGUUGGGGGAGCUCUGGCACCAGAAGAUGGCGCCAAGCAUGACUCUGUCAGCAAUGUGAAGAGGACACAAGCCAUUCGUAGGAGACACAAUGCAGGAACCAACCCGACACCCCCGCCCUCCACUAUGGGAUCCCCUCCUAGCCUCCAGGACCUCCAAAGGGCUCGGACGUCCUCGCACUCGCGGACCCGCACCCUUCCCUCUGCCUUACAGUUCGCCUCGUCACUACUGCUCCCCCGCAGCGGCAUCCAUGAGGCCUCCACCUUCGAUGACACAUCAGAGGGGGCUGUGCACUAUUUUUUUGACGAGAGCGGAGUGAAGAGAUCCUACACGUUUGGACCUGCUGGAGGAGGUUAUGAGGAUCCAGUUCAAGAAAGGGAGAGGCAGUCCCAAUCCUCAAGCUUCACCUCCACAGAGGUCCAGGAAGGAGCACCGGUCUUGUCCAUGCUGCAACCAAGACCAGUGGUCCUACAGGGCAUGCAGGUGCGCAGGGUGCCAUUGGAAAUGCCCGAGUUUGACCUGGAUCACGAGUCUCUGCAGGAGUCCCAGGAGAACACGCUGAUGAUCGAGGAGAAGACAAAACCCAAACAGUACUAUCGCUUUUGGGUGCUGCCUGGGAAGUGGGUCAGAGUCCGCUAUGAUCGAUUAGCGCUUCUGGCCUUGUUGGACAGGAACCGACGUGUGGCAGAAAACGUUUUUGCUGUGGUGCUGGCCAGUCUGGUGGCCUUUCUGGGGUUCCAACUGUUGCUCCAGGGCUUUUUCAGGGACAUCUGGGUCUUCCAGUUUUGCCUGGUCAUUGCAAGUUGCCAAUACUCCUUACUUAAGAGUGUACAACCAGAUGCAGCCUCUCCCAUGCAUGGUCAUAACUGGAUCAUCGUGUACAGCCGGCCUGUUUACUUCUGCUUGUGCUGUAUGAUGAUCUGGAUCUUUGAUUUGUCUGGCCGCUCCGGCAGCCUGCAACCGUUUUCCCUCUACGGCGUCACCUUCUUUUCCGCACAAUUCCUGCUUUGCAUCAGAGAUAUGCUUCUAGUAUUGGCCUUGUGUUUCCCGGUCAUCUUCCUGUUUGGCUUGCUACCUCAGGUCAAUACUUUUAUCAUGUGUCUGUUGGAGCAGAUCGACAUGCACAUUUUCGGCGGAACAGCCACCACCAGUCCCCUCUCGUCUCUUUUUAGCCUCAUACGUAGCGUGCUGGUGGCCGCCCUGCUGUAUGGAUUUUGUCUCGGUGCCAUAAAUGCACCGUGGGGGGACGCCCAUGUGCCAGUACUAUUUUCUGUGUUUUGCGGCCUGCUGCUCGCCUUGUCCUACCACCUGAGUCGCCAAAGCAGCGAUCCAACUAUCCUGUGGGCGUUGGUUCGAUCCAAACUCUUCCCCGAGCUGGAAAAUCCCACACCUGAAGACCCCCCUGUGGAGAUCAAAGAUCCUCUCCCAGAAAAGCUGCGCAACUCUGUGAAAGAAAUUCUGCAUUCAGACCUCGUCAUGUGUCCCCUCAUGGCUGUGAUUACCUUCGCCAUCAGUGCCAGCACAGUUUUCAUUGCACUGCAGCCUGCGCUCAGCCUCGUCUUGUACAUCCUGGCAGGAGUUGUCGGCUGUAUUACUCACUAUCUCCUGCCUCAGCUUCGUAAACAGCUUCCUUGGUUUUGCCUGGCUCACCCUGUGCUCCGAUCAAAAGAGUACAGUCAGUUCGAAGUCCGAGAUGCUGCUCAGCUGAUGUGGUUCGAGAAGUUGUACGCGUGGCUUCAAUGUGUGGAGAAGUACUUCAUCUACCCGGCGGUCGUGCUCAACUCCCUCACAACGGAAGCACGUGCUGUUGGCCAAAACCAUAAAGAGCUGGACAUUUAUAGCCGAGCGCUCUUCAUCUCGGUGGCUGGCAUGAAACUGCUGCGUUCGUCCUUCUGCGCCCCGUCGCAGCAGUACGUCACACUGUGCUUCACCACGCUCUUCUUCCACUUUGACUACCCGCACUUCUCCGAGACUUUCCUGAUUGACUACUACUUCAUGUCCAUUCUUUUCAGCAAGAUGUGGGAUUUGCUGUAUAAAUUGCGCUUCGUGCUCACUUACAUCGCCCCUUGGCAGAUCACGUGGGGCUCAGCUUUCCACGCGUUCGCGCAGCCUUUUGCAGUGCCACACUCUGCCGUUCUCUUUGUGCAAGCUAUCUUUUCAGCCAUCUUUUCUACCCCUCUCAAUCCAGUCCUUGGCAGCGCUGUGUUUGUUACUUCAUACACCAGGCCUGUUAAAUUCUGGGAGCGAGACUACAACACAAAGCGAGUUGACCACUCCAAUACCAGACUCGCCACUCAGCUGGACCGUAACCCUGGUGCCGACGACAACAACUUGAACUCCAUAUUCUACGAGCACCUGACACGUUCACUGCAGCACAGCCUGUGUGGAGAUCUGUUGCUCGGCCGGUGGGGCAACUACAACACUGGUGACUGCUUCAUCCUGGCCUCCGACUACCUCAACGCGUUGGUGCACAUCAUCGAGAUCGGAAACGGUCUGGUCACCUUCCAGCUGAGAGGGUUGGAGUUCAGAGGCACCUACUGUCAACAGAGGGAGGUGGAAGCCAUCACAGAAGGCGUGGAGGAGGACGAGGGCUGCUGCUGUUGUGAACCGGGUCACUUGCCUCACAUGUUGUCGUUCAACGCCGCCUUCGGGCAGCGCUGGCUCGCCUGGGAGGUGGCAGCCACCAAGUAUGUGCUGGAGGGUUACAGCAUCAGUGAUAACAACGCGGCCUCAAUGCUGCAAGUCUUUGACUUGCGCAAGAUUCUCAUCACGUAUUAUGUCAAGAGCAUCAUUUACUACGUGAGCCGAUCACCCAAGCUGGAGGAGUGGUUGGCGAACGAGGCCAUCCACGAGGCACUGCGACCUUGUCUGGCACCCAACUACGUAGACAGCGACCCCACCUUCAACCUGAACAUCGACGAGGACUAUGAUCACAGAGCCUCAGGCAUCACGCCCGCCUCCUUCUGCAUGAUUUAUGUGGACUGGAUUCAGUAUUGUAACAGCAGGCGUCAAACGCCUGUGACAAGUGAUAGAGAUUCUCCUCUAGUCAGUCUGUGUUUUGGUUUGUGUAUCCUGGGAAGAAGAGCGCUUGGCACUGCCUCGCACAGCAUGUCUGCAAGCUUGGAGCCGUUCCUCUACGGGCUCCACGCGCUCUUCAAGGGAGACUUUCGCAUCACGUCUCCGCGAGACGAGUGGGUCUUUGCAGAUAUGGACCUUUUGAAUCGAGUGGUGGCACCUGGAGUGCGGAUGUCCCUCAAAUUGCAUCAGGACCACUUCACGUCACCGGAUGAGUACGAGGACCCCGCAGUGUUGUAUGACGCCAUCACGGCCAACGAGGAGAAGAUGUUGAUAUCCCAUGAAGGCGACCCAGUUUGGCGGAGCGCCAUCCUCGCUAACAUGCCCUCGCUGCUGGCGCUGCGUCACAUCAUGGAUGACGGAAGCGACGAAUACAAGAUCAUCAUGUUGAAUAAGAGGUUCCUCAGCUUCCGAGUCAUCAAGGUGAACAGAGAGUGCGUGCGAGGACUGUGGGCCGGUCAACAGCAGGAGCUGGUCUUUCUGCGCAACCGCAACCCCGAACGCGGCAGCAUUCAGAAUGCCAAGCAGGCCCUGAGGAAUAUGAUCAACUCGUCGUGCGACCAACCCAUCGGUUACCCCAUUUACGUGUCUCCCCUAACUACGUCUUACGCCGGCGCACAUAGUCAGCUGCGCUCAGUGUGGGGCGGGCCUGUUAGCCCGCACAAUAUCUACAAUUGGCUCAUCAAUAGCUGGGACAGGAUGCAGAAAGGAUGCGGUGCCGGUUGCAAUAGCGGAGGAAACAUCGAGGACUCGGACUGCGGUGGCGGCGGCUCCGCGUCCAUCACGACCAAUGUCGCCAUUCACACCACCCAAAGCACACCAGCUUCCAGCCUUCCUCAGCCACAUAUCACCACCAUACAACCCUCAUUGGGUACCGACAACCCAGUUGGUCCGAGCCAGAAUUGGCCUCACCACCCCCAACCCCUUCCUCUGGCUCUGCUCAGCCAGUCAGAAGGCAGGAUGGAAGCGGGACUGCUUUCAUCCCUUCAGCGUACGUCCUCCAUUCAGGGCUUGUUGGGCCAGCAGCUGUCCAACUCCCAACUCUCCUUCAGCGGCUCGGUGGCGCCGCCCCCUCUGCCCGCGCCCGAACGCUUCUGCCCCUCAGGCUUCCUGGACAACUCGGGCCACAGGGCGGGCCAGCGGGCUGGCCUCGCCCAAGGCAACGUUCUUCACUUCGAGAGCCAUUUCGGGAAGUGGACUUUUUCAGGCAGAAAGGGCUUUAACAGUCCGGCGGCAAUAGCAACGGAGGGCGACGGAGGAAGCGUCCACGCCAUUCGCACCCAGCCGCCACUCCCUGCACCCCCAGCACAGGACGUCAGUCCCUCCCAAGACCCGCUGGGAGCGACACGGACGGUAGAUUCCUCCACCCCCGCACCGCCUGAUGAAUCCACAGAGUUGCCUUUACUUGAGCACCUGCGCUGA